CUUCAACCGAACAAAGAAAAAUAUUUCAAAAGAAAAUGACUAGUUUUGUUUGGAUCAUCUUCUCCAUUUAUGCUUUCUUCCCCGGCUUGUCCACUUCUUACACCUUAUUGUUUCAGGGAUUUAACUGGGACUCAUGUAACGACCGAAAUGGGUGGUACAAUACGCUUAGAAAUAAUGUACCUGACAUAGCCGCUGCCGGAGUUACUCAUAUUUGGCUCCCACCUCCCUCUCAAUCAGUCGGACCACAAGGGUAUCUGCCGGGGAGGUUGUACGACCUCGACGCAUCGAAAUAUGGCAACGGCGGCGAGCUCCGAUCACUAAUCAAAACCAUACACGACAACGGCAUGAAGGCCGUGGCCGACAUCGUGAUCAACCACCGCACGGCCGAGAGGAAGGACGGCCGGGGAAUCUACAGCAUCUUCGAGGGCGGGACCCCCGACGGCCGCCUCGACUGGGGCCCAUCCUUCAUCUGCCGCGACGACACCCAGUACUCCGACGGCACCGGCAACCUCGACUCCGGCGCCGCCUACGACGCCGCCCCGGACGUCGACCACCUCAACCCGCGCGUCCAGGCCGAGCUCUCCGACUGGCUCAACUGGCUCAAGUCCAACAUCGGCUUCGACGGCUGGCGCUUCGACUUCGUCAAGGGCUACGCGCCCUCCAUCACCAAGAUCUACAUGGCCAACACCCGCCCGGACUUCGCCGUAGGCGAGCUGUGGAACGGGCUCGCCUAUGGCGGGGAUGGGAAGCCGGCGUACGAUCAGAACGGGCACAGGAACGAGCUGGCGGCGUGGACGGAUAACGCCGGUGGGGCGGUGGCGGCGUUCGACUUCACCACUAAAGGGAUCCUGCAGGCGGCGGUGGAGGGGGAGCUGUGGAGAUUGGUAGACCCUCAGGGCAAGCCCCCGGGUUUGAUCGGGAUUAAGCCGGAGAAUGCGGUCACGUUCAUCGACAACCACGACACCGGCUCGAUGCAGAUGUUGUGGCCUUUUCCGGGGCAGAAGGUGAUGCAGGGCUAUGCUUAUAUCCUUACUCAUCUUGGAGUUCCAUCCCUGUUCUAUGAUCAUUUCUUUAGUUGGGGGAAGAAGGAUGAGAUUAUAAAGCUGAGCGCGGUGAGGAAGAGGAAUGGCAUUGAGGCAGGCAGCAAGGUCGAGAUUCUGAAAGCGGAGGCUGAUCUUUACGUGGCGAAGAUCGAUGAUAAGAUCAUCACCAAAAUCGGCGGGAAGAUGGAUCUCGGAAAUCUAAUUCCUACAAAUUUCAAGGUCGCAACCAGUGGAGAUGGUUAUGCUGUUUGGGAGAAGCAAGGUUGAUUCUGCAUUUGGGAAAUGUAGUGAAAAAUACUGAGCUGGUGGAUGCAAGUUUGAAUAUGCUUAUUAAGAAGUGAAUGAAAUAUAUUAUUAUGCAAACACAGUUUUGAAAUUGGGGGCCCAAGAAUUUUAUGAAUUCAUCACUUAUUUAGUCUGUGGCUGAUUGUGUACUUAAUGUCAAGGUCUUGACCCCAAGUUUGAUUACCUUCAGCUGCAUUUUAUAUUUUAGCUUUAUUUAAACUUUUAA